ACAACAUUAAAAACGAAAAAUUCUUCUCCAAGUAGGUAAUUUCUAAUUUCCGCUGAGAUCAUCACGAUGGGCAACAAGCAGGUUAAGCAACACUUUGAAACCGCCAAGAAAACGGGUGUACUGAAAAUAUCACUCCUGCGACUGGACGAGUUCCCCUCGGCAUUGAAGACAUUCCCGAACGUGCUGCGAACGUUGGAUAUUUCGGAAAAUCGAUUCACCGUUCUGCCGGAGGACAUCGCCAAGUUUACGAUUCUCAAGCACCUGAAUGCAAGCGGGAACAAGAUCGCGGUCGUGCCAGACUGUGUCGGAACGCUGGUGAAGCUAGAAACUCUCAACAUGAUGAAUAACCUGCUAACGAGCGUGCCAAGGAGUCUUUCGAAUUGUGUUCACCUGAAAUCCAUCAUCCUGAGCAACAAUCAGAUCAACACGUUUCCAACCAUGUUCUGCGAUCUGAAGCAUCUCGAUUUGCUCGAUCUUUCGAGGAACAAAAUCACGGAAGUCCCUCCGGAAGUGAAGGGUCUGCAGGUGACGGAGCUGAACCUGAACCAAAAUCAAAUUACCGUAGUGGCCGAAGCGAUAGCCGACUGCGUGAAGCUGAAAACGUUGCGUUUGGAAGAAAACUGUCUCCAAAUUUCGGCCAUUCACUCUCGCAUCCUCAGCGAUUCGAAAGUGUGUAAUCUGUGCGUGGACGGAAACCUGUUCAACUCGAAGCAGUUCAAUGAGUUGCCCGGUUAUGACGCGUACAUGGAACGCUACACCGCGGUUCGGAAAAAGAUUUCCUAAGGCUUGUGGAUCAGGGCCAUAGCAAGGGUAUUUUUGAAUUCUAAUAUUUGUAUCGCAUAAAUCAACCAUCCAUCGGUUCACUCGCUGCGAAAGUCCAGGAGUACGCGUUUGCUUUAGCACGUUUAAUUGCAUUAAAUUAUUGCGUUCGAGUGGUUCCACAGUUUAUUUUUAUUGUUGUGUCGAACGAACGAAAGCCAACGAUAAUCUUCAUAUACACCGUUAGAUAAUUCAUGAAACUGCACUUGGUUUUAAAGACGAUUCGAGCUAAAUAAA